AUACCUUUCCUAUUUCCGGUUGCCAAAUACAAACAGCAACGACUUUUUGAGGCCAGAGAUAAUCAAGGGAUGGUGCCAAAGGAAUACACUGAAAGUCAUCUUACAAGGAACUUGCACAUACAAUGUACAUGUAGGAAGUGAGGUGCCACUCUGGAAGUGAUCUUAGACAGCCGUUUGAAGUGAAAGCUAUACGUCCGCAUCUUUGUCCCUUGACUCAAUGGUGCUCCGGUUCCAAACAUCCGUCGCCACCAUGUCGUCAUUGCGCCCUGUGCUGAAGCUGAAGGUCGACGAACUCUUCCUGCGAUGGUUGAGCGAGUCGGACACCCAGAAGGCCCUGCGGGAGGACCUGAAGAUGGUAGUGAGGGGCGAUGUUAUCUUCUCCCCGCCCACCUCCACCGGGUUCCCCUUCAAGAACCACGGGGGCAGCCCCGCCUCGCCCCUCCUGAGGAGCUCCUCCCCGUCAUCGACCCCGCCCUGUUCUCCGCCCCCGACCCUCUCCGUCAGUCCCAGGAGCCCCAGGAAGAGGAGCAGCAGCUCCAGACUCUCAAGGUCACUUUCAUCGUCAUCUGCCUCUCAGUUGUUUCAAGAGCAGAGGGAAGCCAACAAACGACAGAAGUCUCAGCAGAUCGUCAACGUGCCGCAGUUCUACUUUCCCUUUGGCAAGCCUGUAGCCAGCGAGGAGAACGAGGCCGUACUCAAGCGAUUAACGGAGGUCUUCAAGGCACUCCCGGAUCAGAAGGCUAGCAAAGAAGACAUGGAUAAAAUUACUCAGGCCUGUAGAUGUCCCAAGUUCUGGAGGGUACCCCUCUACAAUGCAGCAGGAGGAGAGACUUCAGAGUGUGUGUCGGCUCAAGCUUUCAUGGCUAUGUGGAGAAGGAUAACGAAACAGUGUCACGACGAUGCCUCCCGCUUCUUCCGGUUACUGUCAAGGCCUGGGGCCAAAGACCUCACACCUGAAGACUUCAACCCUUUAGUACAGGAUAUAGUCAAUUCUCACCCUGGCCUAGUUUUCCUUCAGGAUGCCCCUGAAUUUCACUCCAGAUAUAUAACUACAGUCGUAUCUAGGAUAUUCUAUACAAUCAACAGAUCAUGGAAAGGGAGGAUUACGUUACCAGAGCUGAGGAGAAGUAAUUUUCUAUCGGUUAUCGCACUUUUAGAGGAAGAAGACGACAUCAACCAGAUCAUGGAUUACUUCUCUUACGAGCAUUUCUACGUCAUCUACUGCAAGUUCUGGGAGCUUGACAUGGACCAUGACCUUUACAUCGACAAGAAAGAUCUAGCGAGACACCAGGACCAUGCCAUUUCUUCUCGGAUGAUCGACAGAAUAUUUUCUCCUGGAACAGUACUUAGUCCUGCCUCAGUGAGAGAAGGUCGGAUGAGUUACAAUGAAUUUGUUUGGUUCCUUUUAUCGGAGGAAGACAAGAAACAGCCAAUCAGUAUAGAGUACUGGUUCCGGUGCAUGGAUCUCGACGGGGAUGGUCUUCUCUCCAUGUUUGAGCUCGAGUUCUUCUACGAGGAACAACUCAACAAGAUGGAGAGCCUUGGUAUCGAGACCUUGCCGUUUGAAGACUGUUUAUGUCAGUUACUAGACUUGGUGAAGCCAAAGAACCCAGACUAUAUCACAUUGCAUGAUCUCAAGAACUGCAAGCUGGCCUACAUCUUCUUCGACACCCUCUUCAACCUCGAGAAGUUCUUAGAGCAUGAGCAGAGAGAUCCCUUCGCCAGCAACAGGGAUUACGACAGUGAAAGUCCCGAGCCGACAGACUGGGAGAAGUAUGCUGCUGACGAGUAUGAGAUGCUGGUAGCGGAGGAGGGAGGGCAGGACACACAGCAACACUCCCAACAGGGUGACGACUGCGACUACUCGGACGACUUCGAGCCCGAUGAGGAUAUCAUCACCAUCGACCUCCGGCAGAAGGCCACCAUCUCCGAACCCGGGGCAGAGCCGCAGAGAAACCAGUGGAUCGGGGAAGGGGGCGACGACUCGUGACGAUAGUCAUCAAACAGUGUGCUUUUUUUUCUUCAACCAUUAUAGUAGAGUCAAAAGCUUUAGCAAUUAGAGUCCAACCUGUCUUAAAGGCUCACUGUACUACUUGUAGCUACUUGCUCCCUCUAUAUAGAAAACAAUGCCUAAUUGGUGACCAUUGGUCCCCCAUGAUCCUCUUUUUAUUAUGUGAAUU